AUGGUCUUUCGAUUUCCCAAAACCCUCGAUCCCAUAACCCUCUUCCACAGUCCCAGCGCCCCGGCGUCCCAAAACGCCCUAAAAACCCUGCAACGGGCGCUGGCCGCCGCCGAAGCGGGCGAACCGCAGACGACCAAACGGGGCGAGUUCCAACUGGAAGUGACGACAGAGGCGCCGACGACGGAUCAGCUGCGGAAUAUCCUGGAUUACGUGACGGCGGAUCCGGCCGGGGCGGGGAGUAAUCGGGUUGUGUAUGGGGUUGAGCAGGUGGUGAAGGGGGCGAGGGAUGCGGAGGAUGCGCUGAAGAAGUUUAAGGAGAAUGGGGCGCAGGGGAUUGUAAGGCCUAUUACGGUCGAUUGGACGAAUGGACGGGCUGUGCUGGGGGAUAAUGAGUCGGAGAUCCUGAAGAUGGUGCAUCAGUUGGAUGUUGAUUAG